UCACCACCCUGCUCGGAGCGCUGGCUUUUAGUGUGUCUGAGAGGAAGGAGAAGGGGAGUGUUUGUUAUUUUAUUUCCAAGGAUUUCUUGACUGCACUCUGGUGAUUUCGAGAUUGCAAAAUCGUGUUGCAAUGGAAGACAAGGAAGUGUUCUUGAAGAUUGAGAACCGGGAGAGGCUGAUGGAACUCUCGCAGACUAUCAGGAAGGAGUUACCUUUCUCUGCCAGCAUGCACAACUGCCUGGUUCUCCACGCCCGCGGUUACGCCUCCAGUCAGGAUUUCUACGAGCUGAAGGCGCCCCCUAACAGCCCUGUCAUUUUAUCAAGGAGUAAGGGUGAACAAGACGCUGUGACGCUGUUUUGCUGUGAGGCCGCUGUUGGCCUGUUGAUGGAGGGCCUGGAGAAGACUAGGCUCAUUGACUGGACGAAGCCGUUUUUCUUCCUCCACCUCCCCGUCUACAUGGCCGAGGGGGUCAGGGCCUUGGUGGAUCGCCGGGCAGGAGGUCAAGGAGACUUCCAGUUCGUCGAUACGUUCCUCUACUCGAAGGAGGACGACGAGGAGGACGUUGUAUGUCCUGCGGGGAUGCGAGUCUGCCACCUGGGCGAAAGAGGUGUGCGUCAGUUGCAUGCGGCAUGGCAAUACAACAAGUACGUUGACGUGAGCAAACUCCUCUCCUUCGCCGAACAUCCCACUAACGUCGGCGUGUACGAGACGGACGUCGGGGAGGUCCAGAGAGUGGAGCCGACGUCCCUGCAACGGGCUGGGGACGAAGAGAGUGCCGUGGCAUGGGUCGCACUCACCUUCUACGGCACCACUGGGAUGCUUUACACCGUGGAGAGCCACCGUCGGCGAGGAUUAGCCCGACUAGCUCUGCGGGUUUUCUCUUGCCUCCAGGACAAGCAAGGACUGGUCCCUCACGCGUUUGUCGAGGAUUACAACGAUAGUUCCAGGAGACUUUUCUCCCAUCUGCCCGGAUGGAGAAGUAUUACACAGACCUUGAUAGUUGGCGUAAAGGUUUCCCUGCAUUAAUUACCUUAACAAUAAAAAAAAAAAAAACUAGAGAUAAAGUUAUAUUUACCGCUACAAGUUUAGACCAAACACUAACCGUUUUUUUCUUUUUUUUCAAUUAUACAAUAUUUUCCCAAAACGAACAAUACAAAUUAGAAAACAAACAUGAAAAGCAUAAACACAUUCCAUCAUACCACCAAGAAUCUAGCCAUGUAGUUGGUUAA